AUGAUGUUUGCUUUGUUCCCGAAAAGAUGGUGUAACCGUUCUCUUACUCUGUCUAUACUGGCAGUCCUGUUGUCUCUUUUCCAUGGCCACAGCUUCCAUGCAGUUCAGGGUGAGGAUUACUAUCGGAGGGUCCAGCUAAAUCGUGAGCAUUAUCACCACAUACCUGAAUCAGACCAGCAUGCCCUUGAGAGACACCAGCUGCAGGGCAACAACCGAAGUGGAAAGUCUGCUUUCAGAAAAGCACAUAAAACUAGCGCUGAGAGGAAUACACAAGCCACUGGGGGAUCAGAGACAUCAGAAUGCCCACCAAUGGGCCUGGAGACCCUAAAAAUUGAUGAUGUUCAGCUUCAUGCCUCUACUAUGAAACGCUACGGACUAGGACCUCACCGAGGACGUCUAAACAUUCAGACUGGGCUGCAUGAGGAUGAAUUCCAUGAUGGAGGCUGGUGUGCAGGAAGAAAUGAUCGUCUGCAGUGGUUUGAGGUGGAUGCCCGCAGGCUUACCAAGUUUACCGCGGUGAUAACCCAAGGCCGGAGUUCUCUUUGGUCGAGUGACUGGGUGACAUCUUACAAAGUGCUGGUUAGCAAUGACAGCCAUACGUGGGUCACCCUAAAUAAUGGGUCUGAGGACUUGAUUUUUCCUGGAAAUACAGAGAAGGAGAUCCCUGUCCUCAACAGUUUCCCUAAGCACAUGGUUGCACGUUACAUCCGUGUGAACCCUCAGUCGUGGCACAACAGUGGCAACAUCUGCAUGAGGGUGGAGAUCCUGGGGUGCCCCAUGCCAGACCCCAAUAACUAUUACCAUAGACGAAAUGAAAUCACAACAACAGACAGUUUGGACUUCAAACACCACAACUAUAAAGAAAUGAGACAGGUCAUGAAAGUAGUGAAUGAAUUAUGUCCAAACAUUACCAGAAUAUAUAAUAUUGGCAAAAGUUAUAAUGGUCAGAAGCUGUAUGCCAUUGAAAUAUCGGACAACCCAGGGGAGCAUGAAUUGGGUGAACCAGAGUUCCGCUAUACUGCAGGCUCCCACGGUAAUGAGGUUUUGGGACGAGAGCUGUUACUGCUGCUUAUCCAGUUCAUGUGCCAGGAGUAUCUUUCUGGUAAUCAGCGGAUACAGCACCUUGUGAAUGAGACACGCAUUCACCUACUGCCUUCAGUUAAUCCUGAUGGCUAUGAUAAAGCCUUUGAAGUGGGAUCAGAGUUGGGGGGCUGGUCUCUUGGACGCUGGAGUCAUGAUGGCUUUGACAUUCAUCACAAUUUCCCAGAUCUGAAUUCCAUCCUGUGGGAGGCUGAAAUCCGGAACUUGGUCCCUCGUAAGGUUCUGAACCACCAUGUGCCCAUUCCUGAGUGGUACCAAUCUAAAAAUGGCACGGUUGCCAUGGAAACACGGGCUUUAAUUGCCUGGAUGGAGAAGAUCCCAUUUGUUCUUGGUGGCAACCUGCAGGGAGGGGAGCUUGUUGUGACUUAUCCUUAUGACCGCACACGCUCACUUGGGAUCACACAGGAGCAGACACCAACACCAGAUGACCACAUCUUCCGCUGGCUGGCUUUUUCAUAUGCCUCCACCCACCGACUCAUGACUGAUGCCAGGCGCCGUGUCUGUCACACUAAGGACUUUGCUAAGGAAGACAGCACUAUAAAUGGAGCAGCCUGGCAUACUGCAGCUGGGAGUAUGAAUGACUUUAGCUACCUGCAUACAAACUGCUUUGAGCUAUCCAUGUAUGUGGGUUGCGACAAAUUCCCCCAUGAGACUGAGCUGCCGGAGGAGUGGGAGAACAAUCGUGAAUCUCUCUUGGUCUUCAUGGAACAGGUACAUCGUGGAAUUAAGGGAGUGGUGAAAGAUGUAAAGGGAAGGGGCGUUACCAAUGCAAUCAUUUCUGUGGAAGGCAUAAACCAUGACAUUCGUACAGCUGCAGAUGGUGACUACUGGCGGGUGUUAAAUCCUGGAGAGUACAAAGUGACGGUCAGAGCAGAUGGAUACACCCCGACCAGUAAAAUGUGUGAGGUGGGCUAUGAGAUCGGAGCGACCCGCUGUGACUUUGUUAUCAGUCGCACCAACUUGUCACGUAUAAAGGAAAUCAUGGAGAGGUUUGGGAAACAUCCAAUCAGCCUACCAGUAAGGCAGCUCCAGAGACGACCCCAACAACGAUGGUUGGAACAUAGGUUUCGGAGAAGAGAGUAGAGGUUAAUAUAAGAAGAAACAAAAAGAGAAAAUGGAUGACAUUUCCGUGGGAAAAAAAUCCUCUUCAAAGCUUCAUUUUACUGAUAAAAAUCAAUUGUGCUCAAAUGUUGCUGCAAACAUACAUGUACAGUAUGUAUACAUGUCCUUUUUGUAUCCAAGCAAGUUGAAAGUUGCAAUUCAGGAAUACACUUCCAUUUCUGUUUGUGCAUUAUGGAAGCAUUAAAGUGUCUUUGCCUAAAGUGA